GUGGCUUACGACACUCAGUGAACAGUCUGCGUUUCUGCAUGCACGGUCAGUGUACCGGUCUGCUGCGAGGGAUUGCGCGCUCCUUUGCCUUCCAUAUUUACCGCCUCUGCUUGCCUACCAGCACUAACCUUCAGCACCCUCUUCCAGUCGCCUAAGAAAUCGCCUCGGAGAGCGAGCGAGGGGAGGGAGGGAGUGAAACCUGCAAGCCGCUGCGGAUGCAAGAGGGUUUUUUUUUUUAACCGAGAUGAGCCAUUGAGAUGACAUGGAAUAUUGUCAAAAGAGGGUUCACCUUUUCAAAUUCCUUUUUCCCCCCGCUGAAAGCAUGAUUUAAGGGAUUUAAACCUAACAAAUUAGUGAUUGCUUGCAGAGAUGGCGAUAAUAUAUGCUGGCAGAUCUGCUGAAACUUAAGCAAGAAGGGGAGGAGAAAGGAAAAAAGACAGAUAUCUAGAAAAAAAAUGUUCUCCUCUCCCCAUGAUCAUUGCAGCAGAGGACUGCGGAGGAGCUGAGGAGACCAAGCUCAUGCAUGCUGACCGGGGAACUUGCGCUUUCUACCAUCUCCCUACUUGGAUUCCGUCUCUUUCUGUCUCUUUCACUUGAGGAGAACUAAGACAUUGUAAGCCUGCCAAGGAUCUGGUGUCCACUGAAAGGCGAGAAGGGAGGGGGUGGUGGUGAAUUUGUACCACAGUGGGGUCCUUUUUAGAUCCACACAUAAUUAGUGUCGGGGCACAAAGCGAGACGCUGAAUGGAGAUUGUCAGCUUUUGGAUAGGGGGUGAGUAGGAAUCUUUUCAGAUAAGAUCGAUCCAUGAGGACAUUUUUUUUUCAUCUUUCGUCUCCACCCACCGUUUGAUCUAUAUCAUAAGUUUAUGCUUUUGGAUUUCUUUAGCUGACUAAAUGAAAAAGACUAGUCCUGUGUUACGCUAAAAUACACAGAAGAAAUCCAAUUUAUAAAUAAAAAAAUAAAGCAUGAUGUGCUACAUAUGAUGUGAUAAGUGGAAAAACAAUAUCCAGAGUGAAUGGACAUUUGCUCAGUAACAUCCCUGGAUAUUCAUGCUGAUGGAUUUCCUUUUAAUUGGACUGUAUUUAAAGUGGCCAGUGAAGAAGCCCCCUGGGUUGAUACUGUGUUCAUUGGGCAUUUUUUUAAGGAUGGUCCCCUUGGCGGAGGGGGUUUGUCCCAGGCUGUGCCGCUGCGACAGCAAGCUGCUGUACUGUGAGGGGCUGAACCUCACCGACAUUCCCCAAAAUCUCAGCAGUGCCAUGGGCCUGUCCAUGAGAGAGAACAACUUGACUGAGUUGCGUGAAGGCCAACUGGCUGGCCUGUCACAGCUCACCUGGCUCUACCUUGAUCACAACAACAUUGACAUUGUAGAGGAGGCUGCAUUUGACAGGUUAAGGCGGGUCAAGGAAUUAGACCUGAGCAGCAACCGAAUUGAGAGUGUGCCAAAUGGUACCUUUAGGCCCCUCCCAAACCUGCGCAUCCUUGACCUCUCGUACAACAGGCUGCAGGCCCUUGAGCCUGACUUGUUCCAUGGCCUUAGAAAGCUCACCAAUUUGCAUUUGCGCUACAAUGCUCUCAAAUUUGUGCCAGUGAGGAUUUUUCAAGACUGUCGGAGCAUGCAGUUUCUCGACUUGGGAUACAACCAACUGCAGAGUCUGGCACGGAACUCCUUCGCUGGACUCUUCAAGUUGACAGAGUUGCAUCUUGAGCACAACGAGCUGGUUAAAGUCAACCUAGCCCACUUUCCUCGCCUGAUCUCUUUACGUACCCUGUAUAUGCACAACAAUCGCGCAACUAUUGUUGUCAAUACCCUGGAUUGGACUUGGCACUUCUUGGAGAAGAUCGACUUAUCAGCCAACGAAAUUGAGUACAUUGAGCCACAUGUUUUUGAGAGCGCACCCAACCUCAAGGUAUUGAUGCUGGACUCCAAUCGGUUGACUUCUAUGGAGCAGCGCAUCUUGGAUUCAUGGUCCUCCCUGACCAGCAUUACCCUCGGAGGGAACGACUGGGAGUGCGGCCGCAAUGUGUGUGCCUUGGCCUCCUGGCUGAGUGCCUUUCGAGGGCAACGUGACAAUUCACUGCUGUGUUCAAGCCCAGACACAGCACAAGGUGAGGAUGUCUUGGAUGCCGUCUAUGCUUUUCAACUAUGUGAAGAUCCCCCACUGGAAGUUACCUCAGCAGGCCUGUAUGCCUCUACAAGGGAUCAAGCUCACGGUGGCUCUGUGUUCCUUGGCCCGUUUACCCCCAACCCCUACGAAGGUGAGGGCGGCGAGGUGGUCACCAGUUCUUUCACUGUCACAGUAGGCCACGACGACCUGGAGAGCACCAUGCAGAUCCACAAAGUUGUGACAGGCACAAUGGCCCUCAUCUUUUCUUUCCUCAUCAUCGUGCUCAUGUUGUAUGUGUCAUGGAAGUGCUUUCCAGCCGGAAUACGACAGCUGAGGCAGUGCUUCAGCAGCCAGCGCCGUAAACAGAAGCAGAAGCAAAGCAUGCAGCAGAUGGCUACAAUUUCUACACCGGAGUACUAUGUUGACUAUAAGCCGAACAAUAUCGAGGGAGCUCUGGUGAUCAUCAAUGAAUACGGCUCAUGUACUUGCCAGCAGCAACCUUCUCGGGAAUGUGAGGUGUGACCUGGGGGGCUUGACAGUAUGUCAGCAUAUGUGGCUAUCCAGCAAAUCUAUUCUUUUUGGAUACACCGGCGAGUGCACGAAGGAUUAAAUGUAUAUUUUGGUCACAUCUUAUGCAGCAUCUCACUGUGAUAUGGAAGGAGUUUGCUUCAUGCAGCUGACCAUUUUGCUGUGGAUUUCCUGCUGUUUCCUGUUGCCCAUUUGAUACUACAAGGCAGAAUGGGCUCUUGACUUUUGGAAGGGUUGAUGUAAUAGCAACACUAAGAGGAAUACAUUACAAGCUGCACAUUUUCUCCCCUGAUUUAUGGAUAUUUGAGCUUUAAUCUGUCUUUCGGCUACAGGACAUGUAAUUAAACUGUGGACAAAACAUUUGUAUUAUGGCAAACAAUAUUUGACAAGGAUCUAACAUAUAUCAAAAAAUAUUUAAGUUGGAUUCAAAAUGUAAAGAUACGUAUGUGUACAAAUAUUAAAAGAAGUGCAAGUGUGGAUAAAAAUGAUACAAGAUAAUCUAUUUCUUUUUUAAACUUAAAAAAAAGCAAAAUGUUUAAAUACCUGAAUGCUAUUCACAUUGAAAUCAUUUGUAUGUGAGAGGCUUGUCAGAAAGAAUGAAUGACAAAUGUGUUUGGUGACGCGAGUGCAAUACCUCUGCAGUCCUUUGAACAAAAAAAUGAAUAAAUAAAUAAAAAAUAACACCCAGAAAAUGAAAGAGGCAUAUUUGCAUCUCACCUCAAAUGUACGGUAAUAGCCAUGGUCUAAAUUUCUAUUUUAAGUCACAUUGUGUUGCUUUAUGAUUCACUGUGUUGGUUCACUGGUAGUAUUGUUCCCUCCCCUUGCUUUGAAAUAACUGGAUCAUACAUUUUGAUCAGUUACACGUUCAUAUUGUUAUAUCUGUGUACCAUCAAAGUAAAAAAAAAAAAAAAAAAGAUACAAAUUCUCGCAUUGCUUCUCACUUUUUGUGGCUUUCACUGAAUCAAGCACAUGGAACAACAA